GAUGCCAUGACCCCCACCCUCACGGCCCUGCUCUGCCUUGGGCUGAGUCUGGGCCCCGGGACCCGAGGGCAGCAAGGGACCCUCCCCAAGCCCACCCUGUGGGCUGAGCCAGGCUCUGUGAUCACCUGGGGGAGGCCAGUGACCCUCUGGUGUGAGGGGACCCUGGAGGCUGAGAAGUACCGUCUGGAGAAAGAUGGAAGCUCAGUGCCCUGGGACAGACAGAUCCCACAGGAUCCCAGGAACAAGGCCAAGUUCCCCAUCCCAACCAUGACACAGCACCAUGCAGGGCGAUAUCAAUGCCACUAUCACAGCCCUGCUGGCUGGUCAGAGCACAGUGACCCCCUGGAGCUGGUGGUGACAGGAUCCUACAGCAAACCCUGGCUCUCAGCCCUGCCCAGCCCUGUGGUGACCUCAGGAGGGAACGUGACCCUCCAGUGUGGCUCACGGCAGGGAUAUGGCAGGUUUGUUCUCACUAAGGAAGGAGGACACAAGCUCACCUGGACCCUGGACUCACAGCAAGACCACCAUGGGCAGUUCCAGGCCCAGUUCCCUGUGGGCCCCGUGACCCCCAGCCACAGCUGGACAUUCACAUGCUAUGGCAGUUACAGGAGAAGCCCCCAGGUGUGGUCAGAACCCAGUGACCCCCUGGAGCUCCUGCUCUCAGGGCUGUCCAGGAAGCCCUCCCUCCUGACCCAGCACAGCCCAGUCCUGGACCCUGGAGAGAACCUGACCCUCCAGUGUCACUCAGACAGUGGCUAUGACAGAUUUACUCUGUCCAAGGAGGGCGGACAGGACCUCCCACAGCUCCCUGGCCAGCAGCUCCAGGCUGGGCUGUCUCAGGCCACCUUUCUUCUGGGCCCUGUGAGAGGCUCCCAUGGGGGUCGGUACAGAUGCUACGGUGGACACAGGCUCUCCUCUGAGUGGUCAGCCCCCAGUGACACCCUGGACAUCCUGGUCACAGGACAGCUCCCUGCCACACCCUCCCUCUCAGUGCAGCCGGGUCCCACAGUGUCCUCAGGAGAGAACGUGACCCUGCUGUGUCAAUCAAGGAUCCAGUGGGACACCUUCCUUCUGGUCAAGGAGGGGGCAGCUGAUCCCCCCCUGCGUCUGAGACCAGAGUCCAGAGCUCCAGGGUUCCAGGCAGAAUUCUCCAUGAGAGCUGUGACCUCAGCCCUGGCGGGGACCUACAGGUGCUAUGGGUCUCAAAGCUCAUCCCCCUACCUGCUGUCACAGCCCAGUGCCCCCGUGGUCCUGGUGGUCUCAGGAGACACUGAGACCUUCCGCCCAUCACAGAACAGCUCAGACCCUGUGUCCACAUUCCCAGGCUCCUCUCCCCAGGAUUACACAGUGGGGAACCUCAUCCGGAUGGCCAUGGCUGCCUUGAUCCUGUUGGUCCUCGGGAUCCUGCUGUUUCAGGCUCAGUAUGACCAGAGAGGGACCCAAGAUGCAGCCAGGAGGUGAACAGCAGAGAACAGGCAGCACCCAGAGUGCAGAGUGGGAGAUGAAGGACCAUCCAGAGGUCUGCAGACCACCUGGCUCAGCUGGGGCUGCACCCUGACCCUGUCCAGGCAGCAAAGGUGGCUUGGUCAGGACGGCUGGGUGCUGGCUGCACAGUCUUCCCCACAGUGCUGUGAGCACACAGGGCUGGCCCACCGCUCUCUGCAGCCCUCCAGGAGCCUGUCCCCCUCGGGGGCUGUCUGUGCAGCUUCCCUGAAACACGGGAGGUGGAGCCACAGGCUGGUGUCUGAGGACUGAGUAACGGGUGCUGGUACUGUGGCAUGGCUCUGAAAAAGUCACGUGAAAAACCCGGGAGUCCUGC